AUCUUUUCCAACCUAAAUGAUUGUGUGAUUUUGCAGGACAGUGUUAGUGUUGAGUCCUCACAGGGUCUCAAUCAGUCUCUAAGGAUACUUUGGCUUCUCCCACAGGCCCCUUCUGUUCUGCUCAGAUGAACUGAGCCCAGACAGCCACCCCCCAGCUCAGGGGAUGUGUCCUGAGGGCUGCUGAAGUUCUGAAUCAUUGUGCAUUCCAAGCCUUGGAACCCACUGACACCCGUGAUCUCUCGUAUGUGGGAAGAACGCUGGGAGAACCAUCUGAAAAUGGGUGUUAAAACAUUCACUCAUAACUCCCCUGCCCACAGUCAGGAGAUGCUGGGGAAGCUGAACAUGCUGCGCAACGACGGGCACUUCUGCGACAUCACCAUCCGCGUGCAGGACAAGAUCUUCCGGGCGCACAAGGUGGUGCUGGCGGCCUGCAGCGACUUCUUCCGCUCCAAACUCGUGGGCCAAGCGGAGGACGAGAGCAAGAGCGUGUUGGACCUGCACCACGUGACGGUGACGGGGUUCAUCCCGCUGCUGGAGUACGCCUACACGGCGACGCUGUCCAUCAACACGGAGAACAUCAUCGACGUGCUGGCCGCGGCCAGCUACAUGCAGAUGUUCAGCGUGGCCAGCACGUGCUCCGAGUUCAUGAAGUCCAGCAUUUUGUGGAACACGCCCACCAGCCAGCAGGAGAAGGUGCUGGAUGCGGGGCAGGAGAACAGUGCAAACUGCAAUUUCACCUCCCGGGACGGCAGCCUUUCCCCCGUGUCCUCCGAGUGCAGCGUGGUGGAGAGAACCAUCCCCGUGUGCCGGGAGUCGCGCAGGAAGCGCAAAAGCUACAUCGUCAUGUCCCCCGAGAGCCCCCUCAAGUGCAACACCCAAACCAGCUCCCCCCAAGUGCUCAACCCCUCGGCUUCCUACCCCGAGUCCAGAAACCAGCCCGUGGACUCGUCCUUAGCUUUUCCCUGGACUUUUCCUUUCGGGAUCGAUCGAAGGCUUCAGUCGGAGAAGGUGAAGCAGGCGGAGAACUCGCGGACUUUGGAAAUGCCCGGGCCCUCCGAGUCCAACCGGAGAAUGGCGGAUUACGUGACUUGUGAGAGCACCAAAGCCAGUUCUCCCCUGGUGAUCGAGGAGGACGUGCGAGUGAAGGUGGAGAGGCUGAGCGACGAGGAGGUGCACGAGGAGGUGUCGCAGCCCGUGAGCGCUUCCCAGAGCUCCCUGAGCGACCAGCAGACGGUCCCGGGGAGCGAGCAGGUGCAGGAGGAUCUCCUGAUCAGCCCACAGUCUUCAUCCAUAGGCUCCAUAGAUGAGGGGGUUACUGAGGGGUUGCCCACACUCCAGAGCACCUCUGGCACCAACGCUCACGCAGACGAUGACGAUCGUCUGGAGAACGUUCAGUACCCCUACCAGCUCUACAUUGCUCCUUCCACCAGCAGCACAGAGAGGCCCAGCCCCAACGGUCCUGACAGACCCUUUCAGUGUCCCACCUGCGGGGUCCGCUUCACUCGCAUUCAGAACCUAAAACAACACAUGCUUAUCCACUCAGGCAUUAAACCCUUUCAGUGUGACCGCUGUGGGAAAAAGUUCACCCGCGCUUACUCGCUCAAGAUGCACCGCCUGAAGCACGAAGGUAAACGCUGUUUCCGCUGCCAGAUAUGUAGUGCCACUUUCACUUCCUUCGGGGAAUAUAAACACCACAUGCGGGUUUCCCGGCACAUUAUCCGCAAGCCUCGGAUUUACGAGUGCAAAACAUGCGGCGCCAUGUUCACCAACUCUGGAAAUUUAAUCGUUCACCUGAGGAGCUUGAACCAUGAAGCGUCAGAGCUAGCAAACUACUUCCAGAGCAGUGACUUCCUAGUACCGGACUACUUAAACCAGGAGCAAGAGGAGACCCUCGGGCAGUAUGAGCUAGGGGAGCAUGGCUUUGAAAGCAACUCUUCUGUCCAAAUGCCUGUCAUUUCACAGGUGUCGUCAACUCAGAAUUGUGAAAGCACUUUCCCCUUGGGGUCUCUGGGUGGGUUGGCAGAAAAGGAAGAAGAUGUGCCAGAGCAGCCAAAGACUAACGCCACUGCUGAGGCAGCUGCGGGUGACCCUCCCAAACCGGAGCUGUCAUCCAUCACUAUCGAAUAAUUCAUGGCUUGGUUUCACUUUUGUUCUUUGGAAAGUGCCUGUGUUUGGUCCUGUACAUUUUAAUUUAAUUUUUUUUUUUUUUAACAAAAAAGCAAACAAACAAAAAAAAAAAAAAAGUGGGGAGAUUUUCCCCUUUUUACUUUGUAAGCUACGCUUUAAACAGGAAACUGCGACAGAUGUUUCAUUAUUUUUCAUGACUGAAUGAUCACUUCUGUGAAAAUAUUUAAGACUGAUUGCACAAAAAAAAAAAAGAUCUUGUCAGAACAUCAUGGAAGCUGUGAUACACUUCUAAAGAAGAACAACUGAUUCAGAUCACUUUAACUAUUCCUUCUUCCACAGUUAGAGCAGCUCGUUAAGUUUCUCUUGCUUCUGCAGACCCUCUGGUGAAGGGCAAGAAAUCAGAGGGAGCCUUUUUCAAGUGACAAACAAAAAGGAUGCAUUGGAAAUCAUGAUUGAACAGUUUUGAGUGUAUGCUUUAAUCUUGUGCAUAAAAAAAAAAAAAAAAUAAUGACACUUCCUAUCUGUGCCUGCUGGUUUUCAAAGCUCUCCCUGUGCCCCUGUGCUUGGCAAUGGUGUGAGUAGUUUUGAAACUUAACAGUCACACACUUCUUCAAAACACGUUGUCCCUUCCCAUCCCAGAUUAAUCAGUUUUCACAAACCAAGUGAAUCGUGCCAGGUGUUCCUACUUUCUUCUAUUCCAGUCCUUUUAGAAACUGCUUGAUCAAAUAAGCCUGUCCAGAUCUGCCCAGCCAAGGUUAGUGGAAAAUGCAUCAGGAAUUGGGGAUCGUGGAAGAGGUUGUAUCCGUGCAAGCCUGACAAACAUCUCCUGACUGGAUCUGUAGAUGGGGAACCACGUAGGAAAAUGAAGGUUUUCCCAGAUUAUUUGCAGCUCUGAUCACUUCCUCUCCCAUAUACAUUGUAUUUUUACUAAUCUGAAAGCUAGCUAGAGGGAGCUUACAGAUGGCAAAAAAUAAUCUCUUCUGUGCAUUAUUGCACAUUUUUUUGUUUCUACAUAUGCAUGUAUAGUUUCAGAGACUUUUAUUAGCCUGUUUUGGACAAAACAAGCAAUUUAUUCUCUUUAAGGCCAACUUUCUAACCAACAGGGGGUUGUUUACAAAAAGCCUAUAUAGCAAUGAUGAAUUGUUCCUGUUUCAAAACACUUUAAAUCCUUGCCAACUCGGUUUAUUAAAGGCCAUUACUCCAGCUACACACACAGAGCCCAAGCAAAGCAAUAAAUUGAAAGAUUUGCAAUUUCAUUUUUCCAUAUUUAGAAAAAGCUGAAAAUUCCGGGUGUGGGAUUUUCAGAGCAGCGAGUCUUGUUUUGUCAAGGCUGUUUGGACUCCAGUACUGCUUUGAAACCUAAAUUAGGAAGUCCAUUAGGACAUUUGUGGGGGUUUUUUUUAGAGCUUCUGAAGUUCACUCAAGCCUUUUGAUGCCAGAUACCCGUGGCCUACAGAUGACGUGCUGAAUGAGUAGGUAUUGCUUGAUCUUAGUAUUCCAGGGGCAUAAAAUACUCCCUUAGUUUCGAGUCUUGUUUUUUGGAAAUUGUUGCUUUCUGUCCGGAUUUGUUUUAUGCAAACACGAGGAGGAAAUGAAACCAGUAGAGAAAGGUUGCUCCUGAAGAAACACAAAAGUCGUAUUAUAUUGCAGAUCAAUUUGUAUUCAGGCAGCUUAGGCAGCUCCGAUGCUCUCUGGGUCCGAGUUCUUUCUAUUAAUAGCCAACUUUUGUGAGGAAAAAAAGUUUAUUGACCUUUGGAAAGAGCUUAAAGGGUUUCAGUGACUUUAGCAAUUUUUCUCUGCUGUGUUUUAGCUAAAACCCACAUAUUUUACUUAAACAGAGUGAAAGCCAUUGGGAUUUCAGUACUUUCCAAGUUGCUGGAGUGAAGUUUCCCCCCCAGAUAAAGGGUGUUUUUAGAAACAUGCUGCAAAGUUCCGUGCUGCCAUUCAGUCUCGUGUGUCCACCUUUGUGAGGCUUCUCAAAAGGGCUUGAAGGAGAAAUGCUUUUGCUGUCCUGGGAAUCAACCCAGUCCUGCUGAUGAGCUGAAUUUAAAGACCAUUUCUCUUCCACUUGUGAUUUCUGUAACUGAGAAGCCAGUGAGACAAGACAAUGCCUUUUGCUGAGCUUUAUCCUGAAUUACAGGGCUACGACACUGAACUCAAAUACAGAAUUCACUUCUUGUUCUGACAAGUAUUAUGCAGGUAACUGAGAAUCCUUUGUGAUUCUGCAAAGUGCUUCACCCAGAACCACAUUUCUCAACUGCACAGACAUAACAAUCCAAGGUGGUCAGAUAUAAGGUGGUGGAUAUUAUCUUCUGUUAGAAUCUCAUCAUUUUCACCCGUUAAGUAUUUUGGCAAUGAGCUCACUGGGGAGGAGAUGAUAGCAAAUACACAAAUUACAUAUCUGGAUAUUGGAUUUUUAAGACUUAAAAUCCUAAAAGUCAGAAGGCACAGUGCUUUCUGAAUACCAAAGAGAAGGGAAAAGUCACAAGCCUUUGUAGCUCUAAUCUGUUCUUCCUGGAAAAGAAAUGAGGCUCAUUAACCCUGUGGUAUAAGGCAAGGCCUGGGGUUCAUUGUUAUUGCACUGGGUGUUACACAUGAUCUUCUCCACCCCCUGAUCUCUGGGUAACAUCUUCAUUUAGUUCUCACUUCUCUGUCUGGUUCAACUGGAGGAACAAUGGAGUUCUUGGAGGAUUUUGCUUGGUUGGUUUAGGGUUGAGUUUACAUGUUAAUUGUCCUGUAUGUAAUUGUUUCUUGUUAAUAUCUCUUUUCUCCGUAGAAAUGAACACAAUUUAAAUGCAAAUACCAUUUUAUUUCUCUUCCCUAACUGGUUGGAAGUGCUCAGUUCUUUGAAAUGCUGGUGUUCUUCACAAGAGAGGUGUAAAAACAUAGGACAUCCUAAAACAAUCUCGGUUGCUACUGUGGUUAGAUCCCAAACAGAGCGAGAGGGUUGCCUACCUAAGCUAGAAAAACCUUGCCUUAAACUGCACUUGGGAUUAAACCUAAAGCAUCCAUUUCUUUUAAUACAUUAGCAGAGUGUUUUGAACACUGGACUGCAUCUUCUUUUAUCCCCUUCCUUUUCCUCCCCUGAACGAAUCCAUUAUUAGGUAUGCUUUGAUACUUCUGCUUGACAAGGGGCCCGGGAAAUUGGGAAGGCGCCCCGGGGGUGAUGCAGUUCAGCCUCCUGCUCAAAGCAGAGUCAGCCAGGAGUGGUGUUUGAGCUGCAGUUCAGUUGUCAGGCUCACAGAGACCAUGGGCAAGUCUCUCAUACUGAGAGAUCAGUAGGACUCGGUUCUUCAAAAUGGUUCUGGGUUCACGUGGAUCUUGAGUCUAAGAGGUAUGAAUUUAAACUUUUUUAAAAAGUAAUAGCUGCCAAUGCAGUCAGAUAUAUUUUAUAAGACUAUGAUCCCUAUAUGUCCUUUGCAGGAUAAGAUUUUAUUGUUUUUAAGCUAUGGUUUAAAGUUUUUAUAUGAGGGCUUCAGUCACUUCUUGGUUGCUGGUUCCCCCUCCAGCCCAGGGUGUGAGAGCUCUGAGACAGUGCUGGUCUCUCUCUCUGAGACAAACCAGGAAGCAUUUUAUAUGCAAAAUAAGCUUUGUGCAGCCUGCAGGGAUGGAGAGAAUGCAGAUGGAGGAGCACCUGCUGCUCCUGCAUCCACCACAACUUCCCCACCAUCAGAGUGUGGAGAAGAGCUAAUUUUCAUCCAGAUCAGUUAUGUUGGAGUUUUGCUUACAAGGUGAAAUGAAGUUUUGGAGGGUUCUCAUCUCCAGUUAUGGACAUUAUAAAUCCCAUUGCAUCUUGAUGGCAGAUAAGAGGGUUCAAGGCCGGACGGUACCUGGGCCCCAUCAGAGGUGCCUGGUGAAUACAGUGGGUUCCAAGUGUUUGAGGAAAUGUACCAUAAAAAAAAAAAAUCAAACACAAAUGUGAAUUAUUUUUAAUGCAACAGUACUUAGUGCUCUGGGUUUUCGUUAACUCAACGUGUGCUAUCACAGGAACUCAGUGUCCCACAGGUCUCAGCUACGAAUCUGGUUGCACUCAUUAGAAAAAAAAAAGCAGAAUCUGGUGCUGCCAGCCUGUGUGGCAACUGUUCCUACAGUCUUCCUGAGGGUUGCUGCAGUCCCCAGAAGGUGAUUUUGGUUCACUGUUCGUUCAGCCGCUGCAUGCUUUGAUAUUCUGCCCUGUAACCCCGGCUUCACCCAGUCCUUGGACAGCUUCUUUGCCCUGUUCCUGCAGUGCCUUCACUCCAGGUGCUGCCCUGUGGUGAAACCCUGAAGAGGGAAAAGAGGAAAAAAAAAAAGAAAAAAAAUGUGAAUUAAAUUAUUGUCGGGCUUCUUUGUGCAUUUGAGUACCAGUGAAACCCCCUUAACUGUGCCAGUCUCCAGUCACCAGCCGUAUAUCCAGUCAUCUCAUCCACAGUACAGCUUCUCUUGUUGAUGCUGGUCACAGCUUGAUUACUUGGCAUGUUUAUUGACCUAACAGACUUGGUUUUCGGGUUUUUGGUUUUGUUUUUUUUUUUAAUGUAUACGAUGUUUAAAUACACUUCACAUUUUAUAUAAUACUAUCUGGCUAUUAGUAUUUUUCAGGAACCAUAGUUCUUGGUGGCUAUAUAUAUUUUUGUGACUUUUUUUGUAAACUAAGUGCCGUUUCAACGUUACAAUCAUUUUUAGAGUUAUUGUAAUCAAUGUGAAUAUCAUGUUUUUUCAGAUCUGUUCUGAGCCUGUAGUGUUUGCUUUGUGAUCAUAUGUGUAAUGUAUAUAUUCUGUAUAGUUACAUUGUAUUGAAAUACUAGCUUGUUUGAUAUAAGAAAAGUAUGUAUUGGGUACCUUUUUGCUAGCCUGGUUGUUUAAUCUUUAAAAAAAAAAUGUUCCAAAAUACAAAAAAAAAAAAAAAAAAAAAUCUCCAAACUGGUCCCAUUAUAGGUCAAAAUUAAGGGGGAAGAAAAACUAGUUUUGAGUGUCUUUGGAUAGAAACAUGAAGCUAAGAUUUUUCAUUAAAAUAUUAAUGUUUUAUGGAGUAUA